AUGGCAAGGAAAAUCGAGGAGACGCUUUUUGAAAAUCCUCCUCCUUUGGUUUUGCAUUGGGAUAGUAAAUUGUUGCCUUCAGUUGCCCAUGGGAAAGAUAGAGUUGCAGUUCUAGUGACUGGCAAAGAUUUUGAGCAUUUGCUUGGAGUACCUGUUGCCCAGAAAGGCACCGGUGAGCAAAUGGCUGAACUAGUUAUUCGGGAAAUACACCGAUUUGGGCUAAGUGACAAUAUCAUCGGUAUGUCUUUUGAUACUACAUCGUCUAAUACAGGGCUGAUCCAAGGGGCAUGUACCAGAAUUGAAAGGGAAUUAGGACGAACAUUGUUGUGGUUGGCUUGCCUUCAUCACACUCAUAAACUAAUAUUAAAAGGAGUGUUGUAA